GUUGCAGGCCGAGAUUGUAUUCAUUACAGCAAAAAGUUAUUGCCAUCACCGAAACAAAGAAAUGAAAGACAAAAAGUCCUCCUUUUCCUUCCUUCCUUCGGCUGCUCAAACAAAACAAUAAGAGCGGGUGUUGGCCUCUUUUGUUCUUUCGGGUGUUAUUGGAGCUGCUCGUCGGUGGGUCGGAGGAUCGCAGUUAAUUUUCUUGGAUCAAAUUGCUGCAUCUUAUGAUUUGCAGAAGUUUGUAAUAAACAGUUGAAUUUGGGGAUGGACUGGCUGUUUUUCCCUGCCAUCAAGAUUUAUAAAUGAUGUUCAGGGGGCAAAAGGCUGCAAAUUCUCUUGGCAUAUUUAAGUGGAGAUGGGGCGGUGAAUCCUCUUUGUCAACAGGCUUAUUAGGUGAUGUUCCUCCUGAAAUUGAGUUGUCUGGCUAUGGAACAGUGCCACCAAGCCCUGGUAGUGAGAGCCCUUCAGGGCUUCUUAAUGGUGAGACUCUGAAUGUGGAACCGAUUGCUGACUUGGACUUGUUCUUUGAACGGCUCUAUAGCUACUAUUGUGAGAAAGGCCUUUGGUGCAUCAUCAUAAAAUGGAUAGUUGAACUUCUGAGCCUAGGCUUUACCAUAUGUUUCUCUGGGUUUUUCUUAUUGUUUGUUGAUUGGAAUGGUCUCCGAAAUGCAAAGUGUGGGAUGGAUGCAUUUGAGUCUGGAACUAAGCAAUGUGAUCUUUCUAAGGAAGCUCUUCACCAGCACCCAUUAACCCCUUUAACACUUUCAAAAGCUAUUAUUGUUGGAUAUCUGGGGCUAUUUUCCAUCUAUUGGAUAUUCUGUUUUUUAAGGUUUUUUGCACAAUUAAAGGAUACUCUUGGAAUACGUCAUUUCUAUUAUAACAGCCUCCAUGUUACUGACAAUGAAAUUCAGACCAUGCCAUGGGCAGAAAUCCUUGAAAGGGUUGUCCGCUUACAAAUCUCACAGCAACUCUGUGUAGUCAAGGAUCUUUCCGCUCAUGAUGUGGUUAUGCGAUUGAUGCGGAAGGAGAACUACUUGAUUGGAAUGCUUAAUAAAGGAUUGCUUGCCUUUCCUCUCUCACCCUGGGUUCCAGGUGCUGGUCCAACUGUCAAAUUUGGUCCUGCUGGAAUGCAACAUCGUCUAAUACUAACAAAGACACUUGAAUGGACCUUAAAUUGGUGUAUACUGCAGAGCAUGUUUGACCGAAACUUCUGUGUUAGAAGGGACUUCAUUUCUAAUCCUAGAACAUUGAAGAAGAGGCUCAUGGUUGUCGGGCUUGCAAUGCUUCUUCUCUCCCCAUUCCUUGUUAUAUUCAUGCUGGUUUACCUUUUCUUAAAGCAUGCUGAACAAUUCUAUAAUCACCCAAGCACAGCUUCAUCCCGGAGAUGGUCAAAUUUGGCAAAGUGGAUGUUUAGGGAAUUCAAUGAGGUUGACCAUUUAUUCAAGCAUCGAAUUAAUAGCAGUGUAAUGCAUGCUUCUGAGUACCUAAAGCAAUUCCCCUCACCAAUUAUUUCUAUCAUUGCAAAGUUUAUCUCAUUUGUAUCUGGCGGCUUUGCUGCUAUCUUGAUCAUCAUUGCCUUUCUGGAGGAAUCAUUGUUAGAGGGCCAUAUAUUUGGUCGGAACUUGUUUUGGUAUGCAGCUGUUUUUGGAACCAUAACAGCUAUUAGCCGGGCUGCUAUAACAGAUGAACUUUUGGUCCUUGAUCCAGAAGGAGCAAUGUCUAUGGUGGUGCAACAUACACAUUACAUGCCAAAGAGAUGGCGUGGUAAAGAAAAUACUGAAAUGGUCCGGAUAGAGUUUGAAACUCUGUUUCAGUAUACAGGAAUGAUGUUGCUGGAGGAGAUGGCCUCAAUUUUCCUCACUCCAUUCUUGCUUCUAUUUAUUGUACCGAAGCGGGUGGAUGACAUUUUACAGUUCAUUGCAGAUUUUACAGUGGAUGUUGAAGGUGUUGGUCACGUUUGCAGUUUUAGUGUCUUUGAUUUCCAAAAUCAUGGCAAUGGUAAUUAUGGCUCUCCACAUAAUGCACCUUGUGCACAGAGGAGUUCUCAGGGGAAAAUGGAGAAAUCUUUCUUGAGUUUCAAGAGUAGCUAUCCUUCAUGGGAACCAGAUGCUCAAGGAAAGCAUUUCUUGUCAAAUAUUCGAACUUUCCGGGAUCAAAUGUUGCAAAGGCAGGGAGCUAGACAUGUAUAUUCUUCUGAUAGAUUGUGGCGAGGUAGCCCGCUGAGAGCUUACAGUGAUAGAAAUGACUUUUUAUCAAAGGAAAUGCAGCAGAAUAUUCCAGGCGGCUACAAUAUGGAUUCUUUAUGGCUAAUUGAUGCUAAUCAAAAGAAUCACCCAUAUCUUCUAGAUUGGUACUAUACCUCUCGAGCGCAACAGAUGCCUAGUUAUAGAAGAGACACUGCAGCAAGGCCAUUUGAACCAGCUGAGGAACAGCAUAAGAAUUACUGGGGUCCGAUCAACACAACGCAUGAUGAAGCAAGAGAUAAAGAAUACCGGCCACACCAUUUUGAUGAUGGAUCCCUGUCGCGUCUUGAAGCUUCAACAUCAGCUCCUUUCUUCCAUGAGAGUGUACUUCAGCAUCAUGAUACAAAUGUAUCGGUGCACCAUACACGGAGCUGUUGGUGGCUUAGAGAUGGUUCAGACAGUGCACAGCCUCAAACAAGCUUUCUUGAGCCUCCUGAUUUCAACCGUCAUUCUUCAAACCACCCAUACGAUAACUUCUCCGAGAGGAAUGUGGAAGAUGAAGACCAAUUCCUUGAUUGGAGGGAUUCUUGGAGGUUAUCCCGAACGACUUACUUGGAUGAUCUUGAAGCUGGAGAGGAUGUAAAUCUUCAUUUUGCUGAUAUUUACAGUGGACCCCCAGAAACUCCCACUCUAAAUUUAAGGCCCCCGAGCUUCAAUUGAUCUAUAAUCACUUAGUUUGUGGUGUGGUAGUUUCCUUCAGAAGAAUGAAAUUGAAAUGAGGUUUCUAAUGCUGGACUAAGAUUUAUCGUGUGGAUGGAAGAAACCCUGUAUUCUUUGUUGUAUAUAGAUUCGUUAUGAGGUUAUUUCUUUAAGGCCUCAGAUCUUGAUUUAUAAGGAACAUGCUUAGAAAAAUGAUCCACUGUUAACUUUGUGAUCUGUGUAUAAACAAACAAUUACUAGCCAUUUGUACAUACUUUUGUCUUGAAUUCUUAAUCAAGCAUCAUUAAUUUUGUAAAA